AUGGAGGUCUAUGGCGAGCACAGAGCCUCUAAAUUUGGUGAUGAUGAUGUUCAUGUGGAUGUCAAUGGUGGCAGCUUGGCUGAUAGACGAGCUUCCAAGAGAGGGAGAAAUGGGUUCAAUAUCGCUAUGGCUCGGUGCCCAUUGGGUUCGUCGAUGGUUCGAUCUCCUUUCCUCACAAUUCCUUCCGGGUUUAGCCCGACCGUGUUGCUUGAUUCGCCGAUUAUGUUGCUCAAUACCCAUGAUAUUCCAUCUCCAACAACGGGGACGUUUCCGAUACAUUCCAUAAAGGAUGAGAAUUCGUUGCUGAAUCCUAUCAUGCUUGAAGAUGGGAGUAGCUAUGGCAGUGAGGAUUCGUACUACAGGUUCACGCCUCGUGGGGAGCUCCGGCUUGAAAAUCAGGAAGGCGAAACGGAUCAUUAUCAGGGGGUCGAAUCAGAGAAAACACUGAUGGAUUAUGAAUUACUAGCUGAAUUUCCCAAAGAGGGUUGCUCUGUAUCAGAACAAUAUGAACUGGGUUCAUCCUCUACUGAUAAGAACAAUGUGGAAACCUGUCUUUCCUCUGUAACUCAUAAUCAAGACAUUGAGCAGCCGGCGGCGCCGCCACCGCCGCCGUUAGAAACAGAACACAAAGGGUCUUAUGUUCCUGUCGGAAUGCUAAAAACAUCAGAAGAUGGAUACAACUGGAGAAAGUACGGCCAGAAACAGGUGAAGGGCAGCGAAUAUCCAAGAAGCUAUUACAAAUGCACGCAUCCAAAUUGUAUAGUAAAGAAGAAGGUGGAGCGAUCGCUUGACGGUCAGAUCACAGAGAUUAUAUAUACCGGCGCUCAUAAUCAUUCUAAGCCGGACCCCACUCGCCGGGCUGUGCUUGGAUCAGUGCUUGCUCCAGAUGAUGCUCCGGACACCGGCGAAGGCGGUGGAAGCCGCGCCAAACUUGAAGGUGCACUGCCAUGGCGGAACAGUCACUAUGGGGUGAAGGAUUGGAGCGUUGAUGGGCUAGAAAGAACAUCCUCUGUUUCAGCUGUGACAGAGCUUUCUGAGCCAUUGUAUGGGAAAACUGUUGGUGGGUUUGAAUCCAUUGAAACUCCCGAGCUUUCCUCCACUCUUGCUAGCCAUGAUGAUGACGACGGCGGCGGCGGCGGAGGAAGCGGCGGCGGUGGAAACGAUGAUGAUGAACUCACAAAUCAGGGGAGUAUUUCAGCUGAUGAUGCAGAGCCUGAGCUGAAAAGAAGACGGAAAGAGGGGAUUUCCAUGGAGACAAGCUUGGGUUCGCGCUCUGUUCGUGAACAGAGAGUAGUAGUUCAAAUCGAAACAGAGUUCGACAUACUUGAAGAUGGGUAUCGAUGGAGGAAAUAUGGCCAAAAAGUUGUGAAAGGAAACCCAAAUCCAAGGAGCUAUUACAAGUGCACGAGUGCAGGGUGUUCAGUAAGAAAACAUGUCGAGAGAGCAUCGCAUGAUUUGAAAUGUGUAAUAACAACGUACGAAGGAAAGCACAAUCAUUUAGUGCCAGCAGCGAGGAACAGCAGCAGCAGCAGCAGUAGCAGCAGCAGCACCGCGCAAGCCUCCUCUGCUGCUGCUGCUACUCAGGCGGCGGCGGCGCCGACAAGAAAGUCAGAAACACAAAUCCAAGAUCUUUCCACACGGUUUUAUCCGACACCUGAAUUCAGCAGCCAUGAGUAUCAGCGGUCGUUUGGAACAGCGCCGCCAUUUUGUCAGCUGAAGUUCCCUCCAUUGCAGACGGCCUUCCCUGCUUUGGACUUCCCCAUUUCAUUGCCAUUGAGCCAAAAUCUGUCGGCUUUUCAGGUGUUCUUGGCUGAGAGAUUCCUCACGCCAAAACAGGAGCAUGAGGAGGAUAAUAUCUAUGCUUCUUUUCAGGCAAUGACUGAUACUUCAAGUGGAUCUUCUUCUUCCUCUGUUUCCUCUGUUUAUCAGCAAGUUAUGGGGAAAUUUCCAUAGCUUUUUCGUUGUUAAA